AUGGCUUUAAUCUCUGAAACUACCGACGACGGCUCCAACGGCGGCGAUCCAAGCAAGAAUCCGCAAGAAGUAGAGAAUCAAAACGAGAAUCCUAAAGAAGAAGAUCAAGAAGUAGAGAAGCUUGGUCCAGUUACUCUAUACAUCCCAGAAGAUAUCGCCGAAAGCAUCCUCUUACUCGUCGAGAGAUGUAAUUACCCGAAGCUAUCUCUCUUCUCAAGAUCCUUUCAUGACGUCAUCUCUAUGCCGGAACUCUACCAAAGGCGCUCGCAACUCGGCCUCACCAAACCGGUUCUUUACGCUUUGAUCCGAUUCCGAUUCCGAUUCCCGUGCUGGUACAUUCUCAACCGUAACGUUCCAAGAAAUAUCUCUUUACGAUUGACCGAAGUCAGAUCACUUCCUCCUAUGAAUCUUGGAUCUGCUGUGGUCACAAUCGGAUACCACAUGUAUGUGAUCGGUGGAGACAACGGACGAUCUCGAUCCACAUCGGAUGUGUUUCUCAUCAAUUGCAGAGUCCACACAUGUCGCUCGCUCCCGAGAAUGCAGAGGGCUCGCUACAGGUCUGCUGCCAGAGUAAUUGACGGAAAGAUUUACGUGAUCGGAGGUUGCUCUAAGGACGUAGGUGAUGAUUGGAUCGAAGUGUUCGAUACAGAUACUCAGACUUGGAGUAGUGUGCCAGUGCCUAGUCCAUUGCCGAUCUACAAACUCGGAUUCCCACUUUCAUUCCACCCACCGGUUUCUGUUCCAGAAUGUUUGUCAACCCAUCUCAAGAUCUUUCAGUGGCAAGGCUAUAGUGGACAAAACGCAGAGAAAGAAAUUCUGAAAUACAUACUUGCCAGCUCUAAGUGUUUAAAAAGAGCUUACAUCUCCAUUGAACCCCGUGGUCGUCGUAAAGAUAUAAGAAAGAACAAGAUGAGGAGAGAGUUAGAAUCUGUGCCUAGGGCUUCACUAUUAUAUAAGCUUCACUUCUACACUUAA